AUGGCUUUUACACCCGUUGCCAGGCCGUCUGGCAAGUUUGCGCAUUGGAAUACGUUCCCUUUCAUGACCGCCCCGAAAACUAAAUAUUACUCCGCUCAACUCCAGUCGACACUCUUUCGUCUUCCUCGAGAGGUUCGAGAUGUUAUUUACGAAUACUACCUUCUCGAGAAUGACGGUUACCACUACGACAGCGAGAUCGAUAAACUGCUGUACCACAAGCCGUCAAUAUCGCCUAAGCAAGUCGUUCGGCUAGGUCUACGGAUCACAUGUCGAAUCGCUGCAGAAGAGAUGAAAGACAGUGCCUUCGGAAUAAUCCACUUUUACCCCAAGCGUUCUUCAGAUGACGGCGGGAAAUACAUGAACUAUGUCGAGCGACAAAAGUGUCGCAUGCUAGUAUGCGCUGCCGAAUUACUACAACCUGACGACCUGAUCGACAUAGACCGCCGAUUUCCCACCGUUAAGCACUGGUUCCACGCACCUCUGAACCACGCAGUUACACAUCGAACGGACGAGCUUGGUACAUCAGAUGACAGUUGCAAAGAAGUCCUUAGCCAGUCAUUCAGCGAUGCUCUCCAAUAUGCACUGGUGCUAGCGAAAAACCGACAUCCGUCAAGAUUUGCAGAGCUUGCACGUGAGACUUUCGGCAUCGGUGACUGUCCCAUCAGAUCGACUACGUUAGGUUCCGUGCAGAACAACCUAUUCGCACAGGGAGCUCUAUCUGACAUAUAUCACUGGCAUCCUGCGCCAUGGUCCAUCCCGGGAGAUGAAGAGUUGUCAAAGCUCGAAAGACUCAUUUGUGAGCCUGGCGAGUCGGACACUCUGCUCCCAACUACAGACGAAGGCGUCUUCUACUUCCCCGAUAUCACAGAGCAUUUCCAUGCUGCGCGUUACCGUUGGUACUUUUCUGCUGCCGCUGUGGCGAUUGAGUUUUUUCAGGGCAUAUCCAAACAACGCAGGGCCAAAUUCCGAUCAGUCGUACUGAACGAAGACGUCAAAGCCGUGUCCAGACCAGAAUGCCACGCGCGCGGCCUUAUCCCAUUCUGUCAUGAGAAUCAUCGACUUCGUAUUGAGAGACGAAUCAGCUUGCUUACAAAUCUCCUUCCACCAGGCUCUGAUUAUGUGUCUGGCUACGAAGACGAGUUCAUUUACAGUGAAGACUGUUUCCAAGUGCUGCUUCCGUGGAUUGAGGAAGCACUUCUGCUACCUUCCUUCGGGAUGCCUCUGCCGUCAUUUCAACUUGUUGUAGAUGGCGAUGCAAGGGAAUCUUCAGAAUUCUGGCACAUGCUUAAAUAUGCUGCCGCUACGCAGCAGGCCCGACACAAGCAGUUGCAACUCAGCGGUACAGACCUGCCCACAGGAUUCGCAAGCAUGGUCCGCGAUAUCUGUCAGGGUAACUCAAUCGUAAGGUAUAAUGGAGACGUGGGCGAGCUUUGGGACGAAGACACAUUCUUCUCCGAAAGGAAGGAUUGGACAGAAUUGCAAUGGGAGACGGACUGGAAUGAGACCAUCGACCAGGGCAUCGUCUCGAACUUCUGGCCGAAGGUUUCAGAGCGUUAUCUCAAGGGACGCUCCCCAUACUAG